UAAGUUUUCAGCACUAGGCUGUCAAUAAUGAAGUAUAAUCUAAGUAGGCCUGUCAAAUCAAUGUCAAAUGGUCGACUAUCAAAACCAAAAACCCUCAGUCAUUGUGUAAAAAUUAAUAGCCCAGCAUGGACUACCUAGACAUUGAAUCCUUCCGUUCAAGGUACAGCGAUAUAACCGUGACGGCCGUGCCCGCUCGCUCCCAGGCGGAGGAGGAGCAGCAGCCGAUGGCCAUGGACCCGGAGAUGGAAGCCAAGCAGAAUGAGCCGCGAGUGGAGAUCACACGGGUUAAUGGAGGUGCUCCUUCGGAGCUCAGCUCCACGAUGAAUCUAACGAUGGUCCAGCGAAACAGGCAGCAACAAAAUGCCAAUGCAUUUGCCUACGCCACCGAAUACAAGGAGGUUAUGGCUAAACUGGAGUACACCAAGUACAUGCAGAACCAGCUCCAGCUGAUGUCAUUGGCGAAUGGAGGGGGGAGUGCUGGUGGAGCUGGUAUUGAUGGCCUUUGUGGGAUGAUGCCAACAUCUAUAAAUCUGGAUGCCAAUGCCAACAUAGAGGACAAGUACUCUGAUCUACUGAAUACCCUGGCCGAGAUGCGUUCCGAAUUGGCGCCAACGAUUAUGGGAUUGCGGGCGCCCAAGGACCGCCUUCAUCGGGACAUAGCCCAAGCCAGGUAUACGGUGAGGGAGUGCAUCCUGCUCCUGGAGAAGGAUUGUCAGCAGGAGAGCGAAGGUAGCCCCACCGGUGAGUGACGUCACUAGGGGUUAUCCAUCUCUGCAUUGUUA